GUCGACACGCCGCCCACGACCAGCAGCGACUCGGAAGAAGAACAAGAAGAAGAUGAGGAAAUUGAUGUCGUUACAUUAGCUGAAGCAAACGAGUCUGAAUCCAGCACAGAGUCCAGCACAGAAGCAUCAGAGGAGCACUGUAAGCCACACCACAGUCCGCUGGUCCUCAAGCGGUGUCACGUCAAUAUCCACCAGCACAACUAUGCUGCUCCUCCCUCCACCAAGGUGGAAUACCCAGCCGCCAAGAGGCUAAAGUUGGACAGUGGCAGGGUCCUCAAACAGAUCAGCAACAACCGAAAAUGCUCCAGUCCCCGCACGUCAGACUCAGAGGAGAACGACAAGAGGCGAACGCACAACGUCUUGGAGCGCCAGCGAAGGAAUGAGCUGAAGCUGAGUUUCUUUGCCUUACGUGACCAGAUACCUGAGGUGGCCAACAACGAGAAGGCGCCCAAGGUUGUCAUCCUGAAAAAAGCCACAGAGUAUGUUCUGUCCAUCCAAUCGGACGAGCACAGACUGAUUGCAGAGAAAGAGCAGUUGAGGCGGAGGAGAGAACAGUUGAAACACAAACUUGAGCAGCUAAGGAACUCUCGUGCAUAGGAACUCUUGGACAUCACUUAGAAUACCCCAAACUAGACUGAGACUUUGAUAAAAUAUUAGUGUUUCUAAUAUCACUCAUGAACUACACCAGUCCAUCGAGAAUGGAAUUAUUGCAACUGCAUGCUGUGCGACUUAACUUGAGACUACACAACCUUGGCUGAAUCUCCGAACGGUUUGGCCAGAACCUCAAAACUGCCUCAUAAUUGAUACUUUGGGCAUAAGGGAUGAUGGGACAUUCUUCAUGCUUGGGGAUGAACUCUUCAACUUUUUUUCUUUUAAAAUUUUGUAUUUAAGGCAUUUUUUCUUAAGAGAAUUCCAAAAAGAGUUGUCCCCAGAUUGCUGUACAUAUUUACACAUCUUCUUGCCAUGUAAAUACCUUUAAUAAAGUCUUUAUAGAAAAAUGUGCAACAUUAAUACACAAUAGUUGUGGCAACUGGAUUUAUACUUGUCUUGAACUUGCGUGCCAUAACAUUUCACAAUUUUGUUUUUUAUUUAAAUACAUUUUUUCUUUUAAAAAUGAUUUUUAUUUUGUUUUUAGAUAAAUAAAUAUUUGCCCAAAAUAUAAUUAGCUAA